GUUGUCAUUCGACAAUAUGGCAACAGUUGACGACAACCAAGCUUAUGAAGGUGACGAUGGAGACCACCAGUUCACAAAUAAUUUUAUUGACACACCAUGGGACGAUCGAUCUAAAAAAAGCAAGAUCGGAAUCAUUUCAUUAUUAGUGGCAAUUUUUGCUAUAACAGUUAUGUGCGUCUGUCAUAAUAUUAUGAUGCACUAUGCAACUGGAUCGUUUCCGACGUUUAAAGCUGAAAACACUUGCCCCAUAAUUAAUUUAAACGAAAUAGGAUAUUAUAACUUUGUUGCUAAGGUGUAUUCGUUAUCGUCGAAAGAACUGCUGUGUGUCGGGGCAGUGUUGAGUAAUAAUGCUGUGUUGGCGGACGAAAUCUGUGCUAGAGACGGACCAGUUAUAUUGGUCGUAGGACAUUCCAAAGAUCCACGCUGCAAGAAAGGUCACGCUGUUGAUGAAAUUAUAGAAGUCGAUCAUGAGGGCAUGUUAUCUCAAAAAUUAAUUAUAAUAAAGAGCAAACGUGAUUUCGGCGAAUGUCGAAGUACUAUCCAUAUCGGAUCGGAAUUAGAGUGGAAGACGCCCGCUCAUAUUAUCGGGCGGCCAUUGACGCACAGUGGCCGAGCACUUAUCACUAAGCAGCCAGUGGUUGUGUUCGGAAGAGGUAACUGUUCUCUACCGGCAACGUUGAGCCAAAAAUUGGAUAAAAAUAUGAUAAUUUGCGUUACAAAUUUCGGUCGUUGUCAAGUACACGCCGGGGAUUUGCUCACACAGCGGGGGCGCCUGCUCGGGCUGGCGUCCACCGGGGUGCAUCGCUCGGGGAGCACGGCCGCUUACUUCGCUGAUUUAAACUCCGUAAGGGGACAAUUAGUACCAUUCGUUGAUUCUUCUAAGUAG